GUCGGCUUCAUAUCUGAUAUCCUAUCCUUCUUUUGAUUCACUUUACUUCUUCUUCUUCUAUCAAUCAAUCUCCACUCCUCCAUUUUUAUUCCCCCCAGAGUUGAAAUUUGAUCCUCUGGUGCGACCUUACAUUGCUAAUCUAAACUCCGGUUGAGAGCCCAUCUCCACUUCUCCGCCUUCCGGCAUUUGCCUCUCCCUUCCCCAUCUUCUUCUCUCCUCACACUCAAGAUGUCCUCCCGUGUCGGUCUUCGUUUCUUCGAGAACACUCGCGCUGCGUUCCGCAAUGCGCAACGUCGCUUUGGCGCCGGACGCCGCUUCCAGAGCUCUGAUGCCGCCGCCGCCGAGCAACAGAGCACUUUCCAGCGUUUGUGGAACAGCCCCGUUGGCGUUAAGACGGUGCAUUUCUGGGCCCCUGUCAUGAAGUGGUCUCUGGUCAUCGCCGGUAUCUCCGAUCUUGGCCGCCCCGCCGAGAAGCUGUCCUUGACUCAGAACGGUGCCCUGACGGCUACCGGUGCCAUCUGGACCCGCUGGUGUAUGAUCAUCACCCCGAAAAACUACCUGCUUGCCGCUGUCAAUUUUUUCCUCGGAUGUGUUGGUGUCGUUCAGGUCGGUCGUAUCUACAACUACCGCCGUAGCCUGGAAGGGUCUCCCGUCGAAGCCGUCAAGUCGAUGGAACACGAAGUGGUUGACUCGGCGAAGGAGGUUGUCGCUAAGACCGAGGCUGCUGUUGAGAAGUCCGCAUAAAUCGGUUCAAUUGGUUCCGCUAGAUGGGACUCUACCACGCAAGGGGGCCCGACGAGGGUCUAGGAAGGAAAUCGCUCAUCGGGAAUAUAGACCGUCGAUUGAUAAGCUUCUGGGUGAAUUUGGGCAUCUGGCACUCGAUAGACAAUAUCUCGGGGGUUCUACUGGUUCAACGCAACAUGACUGGCGUUCUCGUUUGUAUAUAUUAAAUCAGGACUGCACUGGCUUCCCACCGAAGACGUUAGAUAAACCGAAUUUAUCUAAAAA